UCAUGCAUUCUAUCGAUUUAGCAUACCUUGCUGGCGAUCUCGUAAUUUCCAGAGCUGGUGCAAUGACUUGCUCUGAGAUAUUGGCCCAUGGGAAGCCUUCCAUUCUGAUUCCAUCACCAAAUGUUGCUGAAGGACAUCAAUUCAAAAAUGCUUCUUUAAUGGCAGAUCUAGCUGAUGCAAGAAUUAUAACUGAAGACGAACUCGAUUCAACCACCCUGAAAACUGCGAUUGAAGAGUUAUUAGGGGAUGAGAAAAAAAUGGCUGAUAUGUCUGAGAGGGCUCUGAAAGCUGCAAAGCCUAAUGCAUCGGCAGAGAUUGUGCAGCACAUUCUUUCGCUGGUCGAUUUAUCAACGGCCAAGAAGCAGCGAUAGAUUUUGACAGAGAUUGUUUAUUUUAUCGGUGAGGAAAGCUAUUGUGGUUCAGUAGAUUUUGUUUCUCUCUUUGACAGAAGUACAGA